GUAAGACGACUUGCUCCGCGGGGAACGCCGACUCGAGAACAGCGGCGGCCGGCCGAUGGGGGAGGACGCCUUCGGGUCGGUGGCGCCGCCGGUACCCGCCUUCCAAAACUUCGCCAUCUCUUCCCUCCGCCUCCUCGGCAUCCUCGAGCACCCCGACCCCAACCCCGACAUCAUAUCCUUCCGCACUCACCAGCUCGAGCUCGACGAGAGCGACGUGGUCUGGUCAUCGUCCUCUGACGACCUUUCCUCCGACCCAUCCCUCUCCGAAGCCGUCUACGACGACCAUGAUUCCGUCGAUCGCGUCACCUCCCCCUCCGCCGAUCUCCCUCGAACCCCGCUCGCGGCCUCCUUUUCCCCCUCCGGCCACCUCAGUCGCCCCCUCGCGCCGGAAAGGUGCGGCCUUUCCGCCGCCUUGUCCGAGGACAACCUUCCCCUGGUGCUUCAGCAUCGAUCAGUCGCCACGGCGGCGAGGGCUACGAGGCCGAUGGCAGUGCCGGAAGGAAGGGAGGCGGCUUCAGUGGUCGGGAGGGUGCGCCAGCACCAGUCUGCGCCUGUCAACAUCCCGGUGUGGCCGAGGUGGAGUAAGGGGCGGAAAGCUGACGUCUUGAACGUCGUGGAGGAAUUGGAAGCAUGGGAGAGCGCGAAGGAACACGACGAGGAGGAGGAGGAGAUGGUGCCUCCGCACGUUAUCGUGGCGAGGUCGCACGUGACGAAUUUCUCGGUGUUCGAGGGCGUAGGGAGGACGCUCAAAGGAAGGGAUCUCCGGCGAGUGAGAAACGACGUGCUGCAGAAGACGGGCUUCCUCGACGUGUAGAAGGCCAAAAGAACACAUGCCCUUCUUCUCUCUCUGCCUCUCUCUGUUUCAAAUCUCCUCUCUCCAUUUUCUCCUACCAUAUGAACAUUUUUAUAUGCUUGAGAAUUUGAAGCGUGACUCUUUUUUGUGAGGAAAAUAAUUUCGAUUUAAGGAUCUCAAGAUCGCUCAAACUCUAA